AUGGAAACAACCCUCACAAAACAGGAGGUAGUUUCCAAGACUGCCAGUUUUGAAAAAUCAGAAAGAUACCUUGACGAAAAGGAAGAGUCCGGAUCGUUCGAGGAAACCCAUAAAGGCUCUAUAAAUCCCAAGGAUCUCGAUUACGAAGACAACGAUCUUGAUCUUGAAAUUGUUAAUCAGAUUACAAGUACUGAAGAUGACCCAACAACUAAGAUCUUAACCAUUCGUGCUGUGGUUAUUGGUAUUUUGCUUGCAUGUCUUGGUUCCUCCGUCAACCAAUUGAUGCAUUUCAAACCUAUUGUGGUUACUCUUUCAAAUAUGUUUAUGAUGAUUAUUGCCUACAUUUGCUGUAUCGGUUUAUCUCGUUUGGCUAAACCCGGCACUCUGCUUAAUCCUGCUCCCUUCAAUGUCAAGGAGCACACCUUCAUUUUUGUCAUUGUCUCAACCGCAAAUACAUCUGCAUACGGUACCAACAUUCUCAGUGCCCAGCAACUUUACUAUUCUGAAUACCCCAGUGCAGCUGGUGGAAUUUUUCUGCUGUUUGCUACUCAGAUUAUCGGUUACGGUAUCGCCGGUCAACUUCGUCCUUUCCUUGUCUAUCCAUCUCAGAUGAUCUGGCCUACUAAUCUUCCAACCGUUUCUUUUCUCAAGACGUUCAAUACACCCGGUAAUGAAAACAAGACCCUCAUGAAGUUCUUCUUUGCAAUUUUCUUUGGUAUCUUUGUCUGGGAGAUUGUUCCUCAGUACAUGUUCCCCAUCCUCAGUGGUGUCUCCAUUGUCUGUCUCGCCAGACGUGAUAGUGUUUGGGUCCAGCGUCUUUUCGGCGGUAUAUCAGUCAACGAAGGCCUUGGUAUUGGUUCCCUCAGUUUUGACUGGUCCUACUUGUCGUCUUAUUCUCCUUUAGUACUCCCUCUGUACGUACAGUUCAACAUCUACGGCGGUAUCCUGAUCUUGUGGGUAUUAGCACCUCUUAUUUACUACUACGACGUCUUGCACGCCAAGAGCUUUCCUUUCUUGUCUAAUGGCUUGUUCCAAUUUAACCCUGAAACCGGAGUUUCCGCGCGCUACCCCCAGAAGCUUGUUCUUGAUGAGCACAACAACAUUAAUCUUACCGCUCUCGAAGAAGUUGGCCGUCCAUACUACAGUGCUUUAUAUGCUAUUCACUAUAUUUUUAUCAACUUGGGUGUCACAGCAAUGGUGUCCCAUGUUGUGCUCUUCCAUGGAGCUGAAAUUAAGCAGAUUGCCCUUUCCAUCUUUAAACGCAGAAAAUUUAAAGGAGAUGAUAUUCACAACCGUCUUAUGUCUGCCUACAAAGAAGUUCCUGCUUGGUGGUACUACGCCAUCUUUGUUCUAGGUAUCGGACUCAACAUUGGCAUCGGUUAUGCCAACAAGAGUCAGCUCCCAUGGUGGGGUUUUUUGCUUGCCAUCCUCUUGUCUACUGUUCUGUCUCUCCCUUUGAACAUGAUUUAUGCUAUAACUGGCACUGGUUUCGGUCUUAACGUCGUCGCUGAAAUGAUCUGUGGCUUCAUACUUCCUGGUAACGCAGUUGCUAACAUGUACUUCAAGACUCUCGGUUACAACACUAUGAACCAGGCUGGUAACAUGGCAGCCGAUCUUAAGAUUGGUCACUAUCUCAAGGUUCCUCCAAGACUCACUUUCCUCGCUCAAAUGAUUGGUACCGUUAUUGGCUGUAUAUUCAAUUACAUUCUCAAUUACACCAUCAUCAAUUCCAAGAGAGACCAGCUCUUGGAAGCUAACGGAAACAUCUGGAGUGGUACUAACCCUCAGACUAUGAACUCUGCUGCAAUUACUUGGGGUGCCAUCGGUCCUAUGGUUAUGUUUGGUCCUGAUACCGAUUACUACUUCUUCUUGUGGGCCUUCGUUGUCGGAUUUGCUCUUCCCGUUCCUUUCUGGCUUCUCCACAAAUUAUUCCCCAAGGUCGGAUUUAACCUUGUUAACGUACCUAUGAUAAUGGUUGGUCUCUGCGUUGUUCCUGGUGGAAACUCAUCGUGGAUUACCCUGUCGUUCAUCCUUGCUCUUGUCAGUCAACUUUAUGUCAAGCGGCGAUAUAGCAAGUGGUACAUCAAGCAUAACUACUUGAUGUCUGCUGCUUUGGAUUCUGGAACUUCUGUUAUGUCGUUCUUGUUGGCCAUGACCGUUUUCGGUGGCGGUGAUGGUAUCAAUAGGCCUUUCCCUACCUGGGCUGGUAACAAUGAGGAUAUACCUUACUAUGAUUUCUGCUGCGCUGACUGCGAGUAA